UUCCUUCAGCUGUGUCUUAAAGUAAAUCUUGUUGGGGAGCGGAGCCCUCAGCUGAGUGAGCUCUCCGAAAUAAUACACCAUUGCAGCCAGGGAAAGCAGAGCGGCGCGAAAGAGCUCUCCCUGACUCCUCUCUUCUCUUCUUCUCUCGCUUUUCCUCUCCUUGCUUCUUCUCUCCUGUCUUGUCUUCUUUUCUCAUCUCUUGCUCCCCUUCUCUCUCUCUCUCUCUCACACACGCACAUACACCCUCCCUUGUCAAAUUAUAAUAUUCAUCAUCAGCAAGACACCAGCCUCUGUGUGUGUGUGUGUGUGUGUGUGCGCGCGCGUGUUUUCCUCUCUCCACCGGCAAAAAAAAAAAAAAAAAAAGGAGAGAGAGGCUCAGUUCCAUCGCUUUUGCACCGAGGAAAAAAAAUGCAAUUAUUUAAAUGAAUCACAAUAAAAUAAACCCUAAAUGAUUUCUAACCGGGAGCCUCAGUGGGACUCAUCUCUCUCUGGUCUUCCCAGUUCCUGAGAAUAUUCAAUCAUUUGGGGAUUUUCAUACCAAGAUAUUGAGCCAAAAUCAUUCAAGUUCUUUCAGAACCCAGCCGAAAUUUCUCGUUAUUUAGUCUAAAAGUAACGGGUCCCAGGAUUCUUGAGCCGUGCCCAGCUGACAAGCUUUUGAAGAUGGCACAAUAACAGUCCAGUGAUGCCUGACCAUGACAGCACAGCCCUCUUAAGCAGGCAAACCAAGAGAAGAAGAGUUGACAUUGGAGUGAAAAGGACGGUAGGGACGACGUCUGCAUUUUUUGCUAAGGCAAGAGCCACGUUGUUUAGUGCCAUGAAUCCCCAAGGUUCCGAGCAGGAUGUUGAGUAUUCAGUGGUGCAGCAUGCAGAUGGGGAAAAGUCAAAUGUACUCCGCAAGCUGCUGAAGAGGGCGAACUCGUAUGAAGAUGCCAUGAUGCCUUUUCCAGGAGCAACCAUAAUUUCCCAGCUGUUGAAAAAUAACAUGAACAAAAAUGGUGGCACCGAGCCCAGUUUCCAAGCCAGCGGUCUCUCUAGUACGGGCUCAGAAGUACAUCAGGAGGAUGUAUGCAGCAACUCUUCAAGAGACAGCCCCCCAGAGUGUCUUUCCCCUUUUGGCAGGCCUACGAUGAGCCAGUUUGAUAUGGAUCGGUUAUGUGAUGAGCACCUGAGAGCUAAGCGCGCCCGGGUUGAGAAUAUAAUUCGGGGUAUGAGCCAUUCCCCCAGUGUGGCAUUAAGGGGCAAUGAAAAUGAAAGAGAGAUGGCUCCACAGUCUGUAAGUCCCCGAGAAAGUUACCGAGAAAACAAACGCAAGCAAAAACUGCCUCAACAGCAGCAACAGAGUUUCCAGCAGCUGGUUUCAGCGAGAAAAGAACAGAAGCGAGAGGAGCGCAGACAGCUGAAGCAGCAGCUGGAGGAUAUGCAGAAACAGCUGCGCCAGCUGCAGGAAAAGUUCUACCAAAUCUACGACAGCACCGAUUCGGAAAAUGACGAAGACGGUAACCUGUCUGAAGACAGCAUGCGUUCGGAGAUCCUGGAGGGGAGAGCCCAAGACUCGGUGGGCCGGUCGGAUAACGAGAUGUGUGAGCUAGAUCCGGGCCAGUUUAUCGAUCGGGCCCGGGCCCUGAUCAGGGAACAAGAAAUAGCCGAAAACAAGCCUAAGAGAGAAGGUAACAAAGAGAAGGACCAGGGGCCCGACUCCCUGCAUCCCGAAGGCAAGCACUUGGCCGAGACCUUGAAACAGGAACUGAAUACUGCCAUGUCCCAAGUCGUGGACACCGUGGUGAAAGUCUUUGCCUCGAAGCCCUCCCGCCAACUUCCUCAGGUCUUCCCCCCUCUCCAGAUCCCCCAGGCGAGGUUCGCCGUCAACGGGGAGAACCACAACUUCCACACCACCAAUCAGCGGCUGCAGUGCUUUGGUGAUGUCAUCAUUCCAAACCCCCUGGACUCCUUUGGCAGCGUGCAGCUCCCAGGUUCCACCGACCAAACGGAAGCACUGCCCCUCGUCGUCCGCAAAAACUCAUCCGACCAAUCUGCCUCUGGCCCACCGGCCGGCCACCAUCAGUCUCUCCAUCAGUCUCCGCUCGCCGCCACCACGGGCUUCACCACCUCUUCGUUCCGCCAUCCCUUCCCCCUGCCCCUGAUGGCCUACCCGUUCCAGAAUCCCCUCGGUGCUCCCUCCGGCUCCUUCCCUGGGAAAGACAGGGCCUCCCCGGAGUCCUUAGACUUGACUAGGGAGACGACGAGUCUGAGGACCAAGAUGUCAACCCAUCACAUGAACCACCACCCUUGCUCACCGGCGCACCCACCCAGCACAGCCGAAAGCCUCUCCCUCUCUCUCAUUAAGUCUGAGUGUGGUGAUCUCCAGGACAUGUCUGAAAUUUCACCAUAUUCGGGAAGUGCAUCCUACAUGCAGGAAGGACUGUCACCUAAUCACUUGAAAAAAGCAAAGCUCAUGUUUUUUUAUACCCGCUAUCCAAGCUCCAAUAUGCUGAAAACCUACUUCUCUGAUGUAAAGCACCUUUCAUCCAGAAGGAUCCCAAAGCGCUUUACAAACUGCAUACAUAGGGAUCACUCACCUACCACUGAAAUGCAGCCACCUGGCGGGUGGAAAGCAGCAGCCAUUCUGGGCCAGCAACACUACACACCAGUAGAUUUCAACAGAUGCAUUACCUCUCAGCUCAUCAAGUGGUUUAGCAAUUUCCGUGAGUUUUACUACAUUCAGAUGGAGAAGUAUGCACGACAGGCCAUCAAUGAUGGAGUCACAAGUACUGAAGAGCUGUCUAUAACCAGAGACUGUGAGCUGUACAGAGCUCUGAACAUGCACUACAAUAAAGCAAAUGACUUUGAGCAGGUUCCAGAGAGAUUCCUGGAAGUGGCUCAGAUCACGUUACGAGAGUUUUUCAAUGCCAUUAUCGCAGGCAAAGAUGUUGAUCCUUCCUGGAAGAAGGCCAUAUACAAGGUCAUCUGUAAGCUGGAUAGUGAAGUCCCUGAGAUUUUCAAAUCCCCAAACUGCCUACAAGAGCUUCUUCACGAAUAGAGAUUUCAACAACUCUGAAUGUAUGAAAAGUAGCAAGCAGUACCCUUUGGAUGCCCAAGUUACGUGUGUCUAAAUUUCCAUUUCAUAUACCUGUGUUUGAAAGGCAUAGAUAAGUAUAUGAAAUCAAUCUGUAAUUCCUCAUGGACUUUUAUUUUUUUUGGUGUGGGGGCGGGGAUUAGGGGGCAGGGAAGGACUAAGUUUCAAGGGGAUAGUUGUUUUACUUCAGCCUUCAGUUGACUCUUGCCCAGGGCCCUUAACAUUUGGAGACUAAAUGGGGUUAAUUUUCAGGGAGAAGAAUUUUGAAGUGUGUAAGGCCUGUUUUAGCAAGGUAGGGCAUUAUGUUUAAAAUGCUUGUCCAAUUUAUUGCUUGCUGUAAAGUGGCAUUUUGUCAUGAGACUAAUGUCAUGGCACAAUUAUACAGACAAUGAAGUUUCUAUUGUGUUUUAACUGCUGCAGGUUUGAAUUUUAUGGAACCACUUCAUAAGCUUGAUUUUUUUCCUGGAAAAUUUUUACCUUUUACUAAUAAUGUUGAUUUUCCUUUCAUCUUUCAAAAAUGGCAUUUGAGCAACUCGCUCCGAAAAGUGAUAUCUUGGAAGACCAGAGAAACAAAACUUCAAGCUUUUCCUACAUAGAAUGAUGCCCCAAACUAGUGAUAUAAAUGGCAGUUCUUGUUGAGGCAAAGCAAUUUUGCACAAAACUGAUUCUUACCUAUAGGGUGAGGCUGGUUGUUCAUGCACAAUGUUUUAGACAUUAACCCUAAUUUUACAAUAUGGUCAGCUUAUUAAAAGAAAGUAUUUCACUCUCCACAGAGUAAAACUCUGCUUUUUCCAUCACUUUCUAUUUGCCCUGAUCUUGGUUCAGACUUCAACUGGCAUAGAAGUUUCAAACUUAUUCUCUGUGUGACCUUGUUUUUAAGCAUAAAAAGAUUGGUUUCUAUGAUCAAUAUUUAGUAUUUGGCUCUAAGAUUCAAUUUUCAGAUUCACUUUUUACAGAAAGAAGAAAAAAAUCUGCAAUACCUGGUUGCAGUGAAAGCUUAUUUAUAUUGGUUAAGUUGGAUUAGUCAUUGCUUCUUUGAAAGUAUUCAAGAAUGACCUAUUUUCAUAAUAAUUAAUAAACAGAAAAAAAUUCCCCCGAUUCUGUUGGAGAUGCAAAGAGCAGGCAGUCUAAUUAAAUUUCCACUGGAUUGUCAGUGCAGCAAGAAGCAAGUGAUCUGAAUGCUACAGUCUCUUCUAAAGCAGAAGCUAGUGUUGACCAAAAUAUGAGUAGAGUGUACAGUAUAGAAAAGUUUGGAAAAAAAAACCUGAAAGACACUAUUUCAGCAUAAUGUAAGAAAGCUAGCUGCUAGUUUUUUUGUGCUUUCUUCAGUGGCUCUCAAUUUUUUUUUUCAGAGUUCGUAAAGUGUAUAGUGUCCAAUAUUUGGGUGUUUUUUUAUAUACCAAGGCAUUCAUAUUGUUUUCUUUGACUUCUUUUGUGCAGAUGCAGUAAGAAUUUAUUGUCUGCUUUAGUAGUGUUUACUUCAUUCUCCCUCCCCUCCUGACUUCUUUUAAGUCAUUUGAUAUAAAUUCCAAAAAGAAUUAAUUACAAAAUGUUUAGGCCAUAGAGAACAUAAAUAUUGUGUUUCUUUAACUUUUGUUGAUUGCAUUUGACUUUGGAGAGUGAAAGUUUACCCAUGUGACUAAAUAGCUGACCUGAUCACUGCAAUUUCACUUCAUUUACCAAUACUGCUGAUGGACAGAAAUGUAUGAAAGCAAUUAUUGUCAGCACAAAGCCUUAAAAACCUGCUGACUUCAAAUUUAACAGCACAAUUCCUAUGAUGCCCUGUCAUUAUUUUCAAGCCCUGGCAGUAUCUAUGGAGCAUAGACAAAACAGACAAUAGCAUGGUAAGAAGUGCCAAGAGUGUCACUAUGCAUCAAACGCAAAACAAAUCUUCACUAUCUUAAGCUCCCUUAGCAUACAAACACAGAGACAGUAGAUGCAAUUUAAAAAAAAAAUGGUUAUAAUUUGGUGACCAUUUCAUUUAAGAGGUAUAAAAUGUAGCCAGCUCCAAGUGAAAAGAUUAAAAAACAUGGCCACACAUGAUUUUGUGUGUAGGGGUGGGGGAUUGGUUUUACGCAGGAAAAAAUGGAUAAAAUGUCUAUUACCAUACAGUUAGUUCUCUGCUGGUGAAAUGUCAUUGCAACACAAAAAAAUUGAAUUGCCACCUAGGAUACUAAAAAGCAAAGCCAUACUUUACUCAUAUUAGGUGGUUAUAUUACUACAUACUUUCCUGAUCUGUGAUGCUACAACUAUGACUUCACUGUAUAUGGUUAGGGUCUUGUCUUUUCCUGCCCACCUGAACCUAAAAAAGGGAAAUCAGAUGCUCAAAACUAGAUGUUGUUACAUCCACAGAUUUAUAAAUAAUAUGCUUGCAAAAUUCAGGGAGGAAUAGAAAUGAUGAAAUUUCACCAUGAGAAAAUAUCUCAGUUCUUUGUUGUGAAAAGUUAUUGUGAUGACUUCAGUUUGGGUGAUUUCUACCCAAGACAACCUAUAUUGUCUGGUAGCUCCUAGACAUUUACAAAAUGUCCAUCAAAACUCUAACUGAAAAGAAAGGGAAAAUCAACGUCUUUCAAAUAAUACCCUAGAUAUCUCACUAAAAUAAGGCUGAUGACCCAGUUAGGCCAAAUCCGUAAUGAUUGAGGGAGGGAAAGUUUACAGAAGGAAAGGAGUUGGAAGUUCAUGUUGAUAUCCCAUAUUGCCAUUCAUUUUCUGCUAGUUUACAUUUAUUUCUGCACACACUCUUGAGGUUAUAGUCUGUGCCUAGACCUUAAAUGCACCAGCGGAAGGAUAUUAAAAAAAAAUCCUUCAAAAUACCAGUUUUUUCCCCACAAGUACAAUUGUUCUUGUGCCUUCUGUGGCUUUCAAUUCAUCUUUUAAAAUUUAUUUCCAAUUACUACAGCUGCAAUAAACACUAGAUUUUUUUUCUGGCUGUUGAUAGCUAUGCAUAUUUUGUGUCUUUUUAAAACAAAGCGGGAGAAUACGUUUUUGAAGAAGAGAAUUUUUAGAACAGUUUGAUAACGCAAAUUAUUUUUUCCUCAAUUGUUUGAGCAGCAUUCAAGUUUUGAAAAUUCUUGUAGAAGCCAAUUUUUUGUAACUGUGGUGCAAAUCUUGUGUUUUCUUAGCCUAAUGAAAAGUAGUAUAGAAGCAAUAUUUCAUACAUUGUGCUAUAUAUAUAUGUGUGUGUAUAAUCAUACACAUAUAUACUCACAUAAAAUAUAUAUGCGUGUGAAGUGGAAAGCUUACCUAUUUCCUAUCUAGAUUUAUGAACCUAUUUUAGACAUUUGUUAUGUUUUGUGAAAAGAAUGUUCUAUUUGCAAUUUCAAAACAUUUAAUUCUUACUGUAUCUCUGGUUGUUUAAUGAGAACGUUUCACAUUCAAUGGUAAACCCAUCAAAGAUGUUAGAAUGUAGUAAUUAAGGAAAUGUUCACCCAUCUAUUCCUGAGGUUUGCUUUGUGCCUCUGAGUAUUAUUUAAUUAAAGUGUUUUAAGUUUGCAGAAUCUUUGUUACUGUACCAGGGAUGUGGGUGAAUAUCUUUAAAAAACAAACAAAACAAAACAAAACAAACCACAAAAGAGAGGGGAACUUUUAUAAAGCAAUGUAAAUAUUCAACCUUGCGGCAAUUCUUGCGUAAGACAUGAGAUUUUAAUAACUACAUUCUAAAAACAUCUGUUGAAUUUAUUAGAAACACUUCAGUAACUGUAUAGAUAGUUGAAAGCAUUCUUGAAAAUCCAGCUCUACAUUUAAAAGAUAAGUCUCUUUCAUCAGAUGUCAAGGGCAAGGGUGAUAUGGUUUCUGUAAAAUUAUAGAAUUUUUUUCUAUGUAUGUGAAGUCAUUUAAUAAGUACAAAAAGGUUUCUUUCACAGGUUAAUAUUAAAUAAGAGAUAAAGGUGAAGAUUUUGUGGCUUUAAAAAUAGGAUUUUCACCAGCAGCAUUGACAAAUACAUAAAUCAAAAGAGGUUUACAGCACCCCAAAAUAAGCACUGUACAUGAGAAGUAAAAGCAAAAACUAUUUGCCAUGUGUAUUAUAUAGUAUCCAUUGGUGUUAAUAGUGCAGAUGUUUCCUUCUGGUACCAACUAUGUGUUUGAAGAUUUCAUGAAGCAUUGUUUUUAAAAAGCUCCCCUUAAAGAAUGUAACUGGUUUAUAUGAGUAAGCAGUUACUGUAUUGCACUUAAAUGUUAUGUUGAAGGAAAUGCAAUUUUGUUUUCUGUAGAACUGUUGGUUGUAAACCAUCUAUAAACUGAAGCUAAAAAUGCUCAUCUUUAGAGUUGGGAUGAAAACUGGUAUUUAGCCUUUGUACCUUCUCAGAAAUAUCGUUUGUCCUGAGUGACAAAAUGCAGUGGCAUUAUAAACUUUUCCAGUCUCUUUCAACAGAGCCACAAUUACUUCUCUCAAAUUUGUCACCAACAAAAUGUACAAAAAUUUGGACUAUGGCUGGUAGAAGCAAACAGAAGGAACCGUGAGCUUACCUCUUCAGUAAAGAACCCCCCUUUCUGUGUUUUUCAAGCGCAUGAAGAAGUAUGCCACUUAAGAAAAAACAGAAGCAUUGUACAAGUGAGCAUUAGCACCAGGAAAUCAGGAAUAAGCAUUUUUAAAAAAAAACAUGCUACUUGGAGAAGUCAAAGGUUAAGGAUUAUAUUGAUAUUGUCCCAGCCAUUACUCAUGUGUAUAUAGUUACAGAACGUGACAAAACACUGCCUUUAUAUUAUUUAGCAAUAUGUUGUAAAUAGCAUUAAGCUCUUUUUUUGUAAUAAAGACCUUUUAAUUUGAAAAUAGUACAAUAACGGAAUUGAUAAAGUCAAUUUUUUGAUUUUUUUUUAGCUAGAGGCAAUUUCAACUGUGGAUUUUUUUUUGUUGUUGUCUAUUGUUCUGAAGACUUUGCAUAAUUUAUUGGUUUAAUUUAUCCUAAUUUAUUUGAUGAAGGUGUACAAUUUUGUAUUACCAAGGAUGUACUGUAAUAUUAAUUGAUGAGAUGAUAAAACAAUGAGACUCCCUGUUCAUAUUAAAAAAAAAAGGUGCAGUAGACAAUUGAUUUUAAAGUACAAGUUAAAAUUUAGCUUGGCAGCUACUAAAUUUUAAAACAGAAAAACAAUUUGUUGGGAAGGGGGGGAGGGGUUUUAUUUUGUGUGUUUUAAGCUUUUGUAUACUCUCCAGACUUUUACCUUUUUGCUUUGUACCACUUAAAGGAUACAGUAGUUCAAUUGCCUUGUGUGCCUUCCAUCUUCUCUUAAACUGAAUGUAUGUGCAGUAUAUAUGCAAGCUUGUGCAAAAUAAAAUAUAAAUUACAAGCUCA